AUGGUUGCAAUCUUGGUUGCUGCUACGUGCGUUUGUUUUGUUGUCGAGCUUUUCAAGUGUGACUUUGAGCCUGGUUCAUUUGGCAAAAUUGUCGAAGGUUUCUUGCCAGUGAAUUUGGGUGUAUUCACCGAGUCUCGGGCAUUAUUUUUAAGUUGUGGUAUCGUUGGCAGUACUGUCAUGCCACACUCAUUAUAUCUUGGAUCAUCAUUGGUUCAGUCCCGGUUGAAGCAUUAUGACAUCACAAAUGGCAACGUUGACGUCAACGACGAAGGCGAAAUAAACCUACCAGCGGAGGAGCAAAACAACCAUUUGGCUCCAGCCCAGAACAAAUUCCUUGCAAUGUCCGAUGGAUCCAGUCUCGCCAGGAAAUAUCGUCCUUCUCACGCUGCAAUUAAGUAUUGUUUGAAUUACUCAUAUACUGAGUUGGUUCUCUCAUUAUUCAUUAUAGCAGUAUUUGUCAACGCGUCGAUAUUGAUUGUGGCAGGGUCCACCUUAUACGGCAAGCCUGAUGCUGAUGACGCUGAUUUGUUGUCCAUCUACGAAAUGUUGUCUCACUACAUUUCUCCAGCCGCUGGUUUAAUCUUUGCAUUGUCCAUGCUUUUUUCGGGACAAAGUGCUGGUAUCGUGUGUACAAUGGCAGGUCAGAUCGUUUCAGAGGGAUUCAUCAACUGGUCCUUCAAGCCUUGGCUUCGUCGUAUCAUUACACGAGUUUUGGCGAUCAUCCCAGUGUUGAUUGUCAUCAUUAUUUUAGGUCGCGAGGGUGUGGCUACAAUUAUGAACUCGUCUCAGGUUGUUUUGAGUUUUAUUCUUCCAGUCGUCAGUGCUCCGUUGAUAUGGUUCACUGCUAGCCGUAAGUAUAUGGCUGUCAGUGACAUCAGAUCUGGUCAAGCUGACGAGCAAACGGCGUUAUUAUCAGAAGGUGAGGAGGCGAGCGAUUCUUCGCAAAAAGUUGUGUUUUUUGAGAAUAGUAAGUGGUUGAAUGUGGCAGCUAUUGGCACAUGGCUCAUUAUUACAUUCUUGAACAUCUAUUUGGUGUACCUCUUUUCCAUUGGUAUUGAGGUUUAA